GUUGGCUAUAUCCAAAUUGGAUCAGAGCAGAUGCUGAUACAACCAGUGAAUACAUCCGAGACCUCAUUUAGUGGAAAAGAACACUUCAUCAGGCGGAGACGAUCCACAAAACCCAGCCAUCCCAUGAAGUCACACGUUCCUGAUGAGCACUGCAAGGUUGUAGCAGAAAAGAAGAGACAAAAGAAAAUGAAAUCAACCGGUGACUGGAGGGAGAGAAGAAAUGCCAUUCGGCUUACCAACGAGUACACAGUAGAGACUCUGGUGGUGGCAGAUGCUGAUAUGGUCCAAUACCAUGGUGCAGAGGCUGCCCAAAGAUUCAUCCUCACAGUGAUGAACAUGGUGUACAACAUGUUUCAACAUCAAAGCCUUGGCAUUAAAGUCAGCAUUCGAGUGACCAAACUAGUCCUGCUUCGAAACCGGCCUGCAAAGUUGUCUAUUGGACAUCAUGGAGAGAGGUCUCUGGAGAGCUUUUGUCAGUGGCAAAAUGAAGAAUAUGGUGGGGCAAAAUACCUUGGUAACAACCAGGUUCCUGGUGCGAGGGAUGACACCCCUCCUGUGGAUGCUGCUGUUUUUGUAACCAGGACAGAUUUCUGCGUACACAAAGACGAGCCUUGUGACACUGUGGGAAUUGCUUACUUGGGAGGAGUCUGCAGUGCCAAGAGAAAGUGUGUUCUUGCUGAAGACAACGGUCUCAAUCUGGCAUUUACAAUUGCACAUGAACUUGGGCACAACAUGGGAAUGAGCCAUGAUGAUGAUCAUCAACCCUGCGCAGGGAGGUCUCAUAUUAUGUCUGGAGAAUGGGUGAAGGGCAGGAACCCAAGUGACCUUUCCUGGUCUUCAUGCAGCCGCGAUGACCUUGAAAACUUCCUAAAGUCCAAGGUCAGCACCUGUUUGCUGGUAACAGACCCCCGAAGCCAAUACGCGGUGCGGCUCCCUCACAAGCUGCCUGGAAUGCACUACAGUGCCGAUGAACAGUGCCAGAUACUUUUUGGGACCAAUGCUACAUUCUGUAAGAAUAUGGAGCAUUUGAUGUGUGCUGGGCUCUGGUGCCUGGUGGAAGGAGAUACAUCCUGUAAAACAAAGUUGGACCCGCCUCUGGAUGGCACCGAAUGUGGCGCAGACAAGUGGUGCAGAGCUGGGGAGUGUGUCAGUAAAACGCCCAUCCCUGAGCAUGUCGAUGGAGACUGGAGCAUGUGGAGUCAGUGGAGCAUGUGCAGCCGGACGUGUGGCACAGGAGUGCGAUUCAGACAGCGGAAAUGUGACAAUCCCCCCCCAGGACCAGGUGGAAAGAACUGCCGGGGAGCCAGCGUGGAGCACACUGUGUGUGAGAACUUACCCUGCCCUAAAGGAGUGCCAAGCUUCAGGGACCAACAGUGCCAGGCCCAUGACAGAUACACCAACAAGAAGAAAAGCCUCCUGACUGCUGUCAUCGUCGAUGACAAGCCAUGUGAGCUGUUCUGCUCCCCGUUGGGGAAGGAUUCCCCUGUGCUGGUGGCAGACAGAGUCCUUGAUGGUACUCCAUGUGGGCCUUACGAGACCGACCUCUGUGUACAUGGCAAGUGCCAGAAAAUUGGCUGCGAUGGAAUCAUUGGCUCAGCUGCCAAAGAGGAUCGCUGUGGAAUCUGCAGUGGCGAUGGUAAAACCUGUAAAGUGGUGAAAGGCGACUUCAACCACACCAAGGGGAUGGUAACCAAUAGUCAUUGUAAGAAGGUUUCCACAUGUGUGAUGGCAAAGGCAAAGGCUGUUCCCAAGUGUUUCUCGUGUUACAUCGAAGCAGCCGUCAUCCCUGCAGGUGCCCGGCGGAUCAGAGUGGUCGAGGAUAAACCUGCUCACAGUUUUCUGGCUUUAAAAGAUUCCAGUAAGAGAUCCAUUAACAGCGACUGGAAAAUUGAGCUUCCUGGUGAGUUUCAGAUCGCAGGCACUACUGUCCGGUACGUGCGAAGGGGUCUGUGGGAGAAAAUCUCUGCCAAAGGACCAACUAAAAUACCACUACACUUGAUGGUGCUGUUAUUUCAUGACCAGAAUUAUGGAAUUCAUUAUGAAUACACCAUUCCUGUAAACUAUACUGCUGAAAACAGAAGCGAGCCAGAAAAGCAACAGGAUUCUUUGUACAUCUGGACUCACAGCGGAUGGGAAGGGUGCAGCGUGCAGUGUGGAGGAGGUGAACGGAAAACCAUUGUGUCCUGUACUCGAAUUAUUAACAAGACCAUGACACUGGUGAAUGACAGUGACUGCCAACGAGUGAAUCGCCCUGAGCCCCAGGUCAGGAAAUGUAACACACACCCCUGCCAGUCACGGUGGGUGACUGGCCAUUGGAGUCCCUGCUCUGCUACUUGUGAGAAAGGUGUCCAGCACCGGGAAGUGACUUGUGUUUAUCAGUUGCAAAAUGGCACCUACGUUAACACGAGAGAUCUCUACUGCCUUGGCAACAAACCAACAACAGUACAAAGCUGUGAAGGACGGGACUGCCUUUCUAUCUGGGAAGCAUCAGAGUGGUCAAAGUGCUCGGCAGACUGUGGCAAGGGGAUUCAGAAAAGAACAGUGACGUGCACAAAUUCUCAAGGAAAAUGUGAUGCAGCCACCAGGCCAAGAGAUGAGGAAGAGUGUGAGGAUCACACAGGCUGUUACGAAUGGAAAACAGGCGAUUGGUCUAAGUGCUCCUCAACCUGUGGGAAAGGCCUCCAGUCACGCGUGGUCCAGUGUAUGCACAAAGUCACCGGGCGCCAUGGCAAUGAGUGUCCUGUCCUGUCCAAGCCGCCAGCCUACAGGCAGUGCCACCAAGAGGUCUGCAAUGAGAAGAUCAACGUCAACACAAUUACCUCGCCCAGACUUGCUGCUCUCACGUACAAGUGCACAGGCGACCAGUGGACAGUGUACUGCAGGGUGAUCCGGGAGAAGAAUCUGUGCCAAGACAUGCGGUGGUAUCAGCGCUGUUGCCAGACUUGCAGAGACUUUUAUGCAAACAAGAUGCAGCAGAAGAGUUAAUGAACCUGUGCUACUUCUUAGAGUAUAACAGCUAUUUGUAUGUAAAUCACGGACUAGUAGGUCUGAGUACUGGAACUUCAUGAGUUGCUACAAUGUGGUGGAUUCCAAAGCAAACCUAAUAAGACUUGAAACUAAUUCGACAGACUGGAUACCAAAGUAAUCCACUCAUCCACCUUAAAAAAAAACAAACAGAAAGAGUCAUCUCAAGGAGCCAAUAAUUUUAUCUUGUUUUGACAUUCUUACAUUUUUCAUUAAUGCUUUUUACUUUAAUAUAUUAAAUCACCAGCCACUGGAUGGCUUGCUACCGUUAAAGAAAAGGACAAGAGUUGCAAAGUGAUUACGUUGACUAAUGUUAUGGGUACCUCCAUGGAGGAAGGCCUCUGGCAAAAUAAUUCAGCAAAGGUAGAGACAUUACUUAAUCUUUUAAUCUUGGCUUUCAUCUGAUGUUUUCAAUUCCCAACUGUUAUCCCACUGUGGAGUGGGCUCGGAGGGACACACAUAAAUGAAAGGCUUAAUUUAAAGAGAGGGUUUGCUGUAAAAACUUGUGAAAACUGAUAGCAGAGGAUGGACAUCUCUGAAAUUCCUGCAGGAAAGUCAAUAUAAUUAUAUCCAACAAUCCAAGUCAUAUUUUUAGAGCAACUAAUAGAGAUUGCUCUUCUUUCUGAUUUUAAAAAAAACAAUCCUCUCUCUCUUUUCCCCAAAAUAAUACAGUUUCUUU